UUGGAUUGCAUUAUCAGUGCAACGAGGGCUUUCUCUGGUGUGCAUAAACCUGCUCACCUUUCAAAAUAAAACGCGGAAGUCGAACGUUUGUACCUCCAAAGCAAAGAUUCUAGAACAGCUCCGCUCUAGAAUCUUUGUUCCAAAGUCUGCCUUCACCUUCCACCAUCUCUCAAUCAGACUCGCGUUCAUUGUAAGCCAAUGGAAACACGGGGCAUGCGAAGAAGAGGAAGGUUGCCAGCCUUUACAACUGAUCUGUAAACAAGAGGGGGAGCUGGACUCGGACUGCUGAGCACUUAGCGCAGCUAACAAGCUAGAAGCUAGAUAGCUAGCAUUUCUUCUGUGUUUUGUACAAAAUUUAGGUGGGAUUAGUAGGACUCCACUGUAAGCAGGAAGACAAAUUCUUCCCGCAGAAGCUGUUCUGUUACACACAACAAAAUGUCGGUGUUUUCAGAAGCGGCUUUGGAGAAGAAACUGUCCGAGCUCAGCAACUCCCAGCAGAGCGUUCAGACGCUGUCUCUAUGGUUAAUCCACCACAGAAAACACUCGAAAGCUAUCGUCAGUGUUUGGUAUAACGAACUCAAAAAAGCCCAGGUCCCUCGUAAGCUCACCUUUAUCUAUCUGGCCAAUGACGUGAUCCAGAACAGCAAGAGGAAGGGACCGGAGUUCACGCAGGACUUUGCUCCUGUCAUUGUGGACGCCUUCAAGCAUGUCUCCGGCGAGGGAGAAGAGAGCUUCAAGAAGCAGUUGGCUCGGGUACUGUCUAUCUGGCAAGAGAGAGCGGUCUAUGACAACAACUUACUGGACCAGCUUUCCCAGGUGUUGUUCGGAGAGAAGAAGGCCAAGAAGCGUCCCUACGAGGAGAUCAAAGCAACAAGCGAGGAUUUCGCCAGCCAAAGCUCCCCAGGAGAGCCCCCUCAGACAGCCGAUCUGAUCCGAGCGCUGCAGGAGCUGGAGAACGCCGCCUCCAGUGAUUCCGCCCUGCGCCAGAGAAUCUCCUCUCUGCCGGCCGAGGUGCAGGACACCUCGCUACUGCACCGCAUCACAGAUAAGGAGUCUGGCGAGCGGUUGGCGCGGGCAGUGGAGGAGGCCUGCAUGAUGCUGGCGGACUACAGCGGGCGCCUGGCGGCCGAGAUCGACGACCGGCGGCAGCUGACGCGCACGCUGGCCCUUUACCUGCAGAGCCAGAAGGAGGGCCUGUCCCACAACGAACAGAAACUAGAAGAAUAUAAGCGAAAGCUGGCGCGGGUAUCUCAGGUUCGGAAGGAGCUUCGCUCACGUCUCAACAGCCUGCCCGACCUGUCGCUUCUUCCCAGUGUAACGGGAACACCUGUCCAGCUGCCGGCCGCCGACCUGUACGACCCCGCUAACUGACCAUCCUGAUGGACACAGUUCUUUGCCCAGUUGCCAUCCUCCACUCGUCCUUGACCCCUCCUCUUCCUCAUCCUCCUCUUCCUCCUCCUCCUCCCCUGUGUGGUGCAGCUAACUCCCAGCUUCGUCUUUUGAUCUCCCUCCCUCUGACACGCUCUCUCCAUCUCUCAUGAGUCUCUCUCUCUCUCUUUCACUCCCUCUUUCUCCCCCUCCACUGCUCUCCCUCCCUCUCUCUUUCUCAUGCCUUACACAUGAGAGGACCCUGCCUCCCUCCUUGUGUCACAGUAGCCAGCUAAAGGAUCAACUGCUGUGUCCAGCUACGCUGCCUCAGUAGUGCACUAGUUCUCGGUCCCUUGUCCACAGAAAGGAGAAGCUAUUUCAAACGGACACGGAAGAUGAGCGUAUACUCCCAAAACUCACUCCAAAGCAGACAGCUGGUCUCACCCCCAGUGAAAUCCACUGACAACCCCCUCGUCCAGUCAUCAAGCCUGCUACUUCAGGAUGUGGGCAGGGACCUCUCUCUCGGGAGUUAUUUUUGUAUUUAAAAAGGGUUUGGAAUGUUCUAGAUUGGAAGAGUGAGAGAGAGAGAGUAGUUGCAUCCAAACAUGUUCACUCCAUACAACACCCAGUGUGGUGCAGACAGCAGUAUUUUAAUUGUGUCACUUUGUUUUGGUGGGAGGGCCGAUAAUGUUAGCCAAUAACAAUUUUUAAUUUUAAUAGUUUUUCUAACAGUCAUUGGAUAUUCGAGGUUUUCCCAGUCGUGAAGCAUUGACACCCUCUGCUUAGUUUGCUUCAAAUCAUGUUAAAAAAAGAAAGCAGCCCAGGAGCUGAAUUGUAUAGUUUGUCGGAAACUAUUGUUUUGCCUCUACAACAGAGUUUGACAGCCAGUACUGAUCAUUGUGUAUUCGUCAUUCCAAAGGGCACCUGUAGGUUCUAGGCUACAUUUGUCUGUACAGUAGCUGUGCAAACAAUAGGGUGUGUGUGUGUGUGUGUCCAUGUCCAUGUCCAUGUUGGCAGGUAUGGGUGUGUGUGUGUGUUUCCAUGUUAGCAGGUAUGGGUGUGUGUGUGUGUGUGUGUGUCCGUGUCCGUCCAUCCGUGUGUCCAUGUCCAUGUUGGCAGGUAUGGGUGAGUGUGUGUGUGUGUGUGUCCAUGUUGGCAGGUGUGGGCAGCUGAUGGAGGAAUUUGACAUGUUUCUGUUGUGUACUGUAUGUGUCCAGUCGUGGGUCACUGUGGGUCUGUAGAGCUCUGUUGCGUUUCCAAUGAGCUGAGCAGCGAAAGCCUCCCAGACGUCCUGUUUUUUUAACUUAUUCAUGCCGUUUACAUCGUACUCCCUCUCCCACCCGCUCCUCUGUGUGUGUGUGUGUGUGUGUGUGUCGUCCUCAGUGGGAUGAGCCAAAUAAAGCGGCAGCAGUGCUGGGGCAAAUCCACCAGGACCUGUUAUCUUUAUUGGGUCCCCUGUGUGUGUGUGUGUGUGUGUGUGUGUGUGUGUGUGUUUAGUUUUACCAUAGUAUCUUCACUGGCGAAUCUAAAAUGCAAUACAUCAUUAUCCAAAAAGGAAAGAGAGUAGUCUCUAUACCUUGGUCUCAUGGUAUACAGCCUUCACUUCAGGCACAGCAAAAAUGCACAUAUGUAACGUGAGUCUGUGAUUUCUUACAGUCUGGUUCUGUUCUGCUGUCUAGUAUAACAUGUAGCCACAGAGGGCUUACGUUUCCAGUGAAAAAUAAACCAAACCCAAAGAGAA